AUUAGUUGCCAGUUCGAAACUGAACUACCGGAAAAAUUCAAGUUUUAAUUUUCGAUAAUUUAGUAAACUCCAGAAGAAUGUUUAUUAGAGAAGAUUCGCGCAACACUGGACGGGAAAGAAACAUGCUCGUCCACAAGAAUGCACUGCCCUAUCUGGCCGCCGUAAAGCGGGGACUCUACACACUGACAAAUCCGGUCUAUGGCAGCAAUCCAGUACCUAGCGCCUUCGACCAACGUAACAAUCCGGCUGAGGGCAAUCCGAUGCAGCAGCAGCAUGUCAUAAACAUUGACCGGAAGGCCUUCAAAAACAACCAUAAGUAUUACCAACACCUAGUGAUGACUCCCGAACAGCAGCUGCCCAAGGCCAAGUCCCACGUGGUCAUGAACGAGCAGCGGGAGCUUUAUCGCCAGCAUCGCAAGCGCAUGGCCAAUAUAAAGGGCAAGGUGAACACAAACCUGCCAGCUCCCACUUUCAAGAUCGAGGGCAACCACAUGGAGCUGUCCUACAUGGAAAUGCUGACGGCUCUCUAUCGGAAGAGUAACAAUACACUGCGCACCUUCACCAAGUCCCCGGAGCGCCUGGCCGCUGGCCGUUGGCGCAACACCAACGUGGCACGCGAGAAGGAACGCAAGCAGCAGGAGCAGAACAAGAAACUGUACCAAGGCGGCGGCCUCUUCGAUCCAAACGUCGGCAAGUCGCGAUCCCGAAAAGGCGCUACCAAGCCCUUCACCUACGAGAUACCCAUGCACGUACUGCAUCGCUACGAGAAACUGAUGCCCAAGUGUGACGUGGGAAUGCUCUGCAAACUUCUCCGUCCGCAGGUCUACUUUGAUGUGGAGGUUCGUGGCACUCGAGUCCAUGGACGAUUGGCCAUACAGCUCUUCACGGAGGCCUGUCCCGAGGUGGUGCUACAGUUCAUGCGUCUCUGCACCCUGCGUGAGAGCCGACGCAUCUGUUUCACGCGCACAUUUGCGCCCAUCUGGCUGGAGGGGAAGGUUGCGCUCGACUCGGAUCGCACCCUCGACAUGUCUCAUAUCGAGCAUGACUUCGAGGUGCUGAACCACGGCGUCGACGCGGGAAUAUUGUCCUUUCCCAGUCGCUAUGUGCGAGGCAGCUCCCGGACCGCCCUCAACUUUACCAUUAGCUUUAAGCCACUUUCCAUUCUGAAUGGUAAGCGCAUCGCGUUUGGCAAGAUACGCAAGGGACUGCAGCUGCUGGAGCGCAUCCAGGACGCCACAUCGCAUUUGGCUAAGCCGCACGACCUAGUUGUUAUGAAAGGCUGCGGUGUACUGUAGAACUUUCCGGAUGCUGCUCAGAUCACAUCCAAAUCUUUAAUGUGUCAUGAGAGAAAAUUUCUGGUGUGCGCUUGGCUUGAAAACAUUGUGCAAUAGCACACCAUUUCCCUUUUAUAAUACAAACUAAAACUAAAAUAUAUACUAAAAGGGAAUGCUAAAGUCGGCUCAACUCCUAAAUACCCUGUACCACCCCACAAAAAAGAAAUUAAAUUAAUUAAUUAAUAUAAUUAAA